ACAUUCCGUUAUUGGUCCGUUGGCCUUUCCAGUGCUACCAGGCCCAGUGGAGCUGAGUGAUGUCAACAGCUGCCUUGAUUACUUUGGUUCGAAGUGGCGGUCACCAGGUGAGACGGAGGGUGCUGCUCAGCUCCCGCCUGCUGCAGGACGACCGGCGGAUGACCCCCGCGUGCCACAGCUCUCGCUUUGACCCCGACGGCAGCGGGAGGCCAGCCACCUGGGACAGCUUUGGGAUCUGGGACAACCGUAUCGACGAGCCCAUUCUGCUGCCGCCCAGCAUUAAGUACGGCAAGCCAAUCCCCAAAAUCAGCUUGGAGAACGUGGGCUGCGCCUCGCAGAUUGGCAAGCGGAAAGAGAACGAGGACCGGUUUGACUUCGCCCAGCUGACCGAGGAGGUCUUGUACUUUGCAGUGUAUGAUGGGCACGGCGGACCCGCGGCCGCUGAUUUCUGCCACACGCACAUGGAGAAGUGCAUUAUGGAUUUGCUUCCUAAGGAGAAGAACUUGGAAAUCGUGUUGACUAUGGCUUUUCUAGAAAUAGAUAAAGCCUUUUCGAGUCAUGCCCACCUGUCUGCUGACGCAACCCUCCUGACCUCCGGGACUACUGCAACAGUAGCCCUCUUGCGAGAUGGCAUUGAACUGGUUGUAGCCAGUGUUGGGGAUAGCCGGGCCAUUUUGUGUAGAAAAGGAAAACCUAUGAAACUGACUAUUGACCAUACUCCAGAAAGAAAAGAUGAAAAAGAGAGGAUCAAGAAAUGUGGUGGCUUUAUAGCUUGGAAUAGCUUGGGACAGCCUCACGUAAACGGUAGACUUGCAAUGACAAGGAGUAUUGGAGAUCUGGAUCUUAAAUCCAGUGGUGUGACAGCAGAACCAGAAACCAAGAGGAUUAAGCUCCAUCAUGCUGAUGACAGUUUCCUGGUCCUCACCACAGAUGGUAUUAACUUUAUGGUGAACAGUCAAGAGAUUUGUAACUUUGUUAAUCAGUGCCACGAUCCCAAGGAAGCUGCCCACGCGGUGAUUGAGCAGGCAAUGCUGUACGGGACGGAAGAUAACAGUACAGCAGUAGUAGUGCCUUUUGGUGCCUGGGGAAAAUACAAGAACUCCGAAAUCCACUUCUCGUUCAGCAGAAGCUUUGCCUCCAGUGGACGAUGGGCCUGA